AUGGCGCGUUUUGUGGAUUUGGAGGAGGACGAGGAUGUUGGAGCGGGCCCUGGCGGCUUUACCGUCAACGAUCCUCGUGCCGCUUCUGCACCUCAUCAUGAGGUCGUGCCGCCUAUUCCGCCUCCUGGUCCUUUUCAUCAUGACGACCCCCAGCAGAGUGAGCUUUCUCAAAAAGAUCAGCAUCUUCUUCUUCUUAGGAAACUCCAGUUGUUGUCUGCCAACAGCCGGAAUGGACCUUGGCCUCAUUCUUUGUAUAACCCAGAGCCACUAGGCACCAUGGACUCUUCUACCUUUCAGGCGCCUAUUACCAACGCCUUUCAGUGUUAUCCUGUUGUCGAAGCCAUUGCAGCUUCCAUCGACCUUAAUACCCUCGAUGCUCUUUCGCGUACCUGUCGACUCAUCCAUCAUGGCCUCAUUCAGUACCGUACUACUCUGAUCAACUCUACCCUCCACUGCCAAAACGAAGAAGUCCCCGUUGAUGGCUCCGAAACCUUUCGCUACCGCGCUCGCGCUGGUAAUUGGUUCUACAUGGAAGACGGGCGCAGUUACAAUGGAAAAUCAGGCGACUGCGCUCGCGAUAUGGUUGGCAAGUGCCGUCGAUGCGGCGAUGUGAUAUGCCGGAACUGCGCCAUCAAGCCACCGGCUUCCGUCGCCCUCAAGGAGAGGCACAGGAGACUCUGCAAACCUUGUGUUCACGCACCUAUAGCCACUCUUAUCAAGGCGCCAGUAGAUUCAGAUGUACCACUGUCAUCUGAGUUGGUGUCGCGAGACGUUUAUCAUGACUAUCAGCGUAACCUUGCUCUCUUACUGACCGAUGGGCUUAGUAUAUGGCGCUGGCGAAACCAGUACGGUGAGGUCCUCGGCGGUCUUGGAACAGGCAUUGGCGAGGGCGUUCGUGGCGUCGUAUGUGGCCGCGAAGAAGAUUGCUGUGCCGCCAAAGAAGUCGAGCAUCAGGUAGAUUGCGACGCCGAGGACGCCCGGGACGGCAAUGUGGCUCCGACUCCGGCUCCGCAACAAGCUCCGGUUGACGCACUCAUCGACCAGCUCCGUCUUACACAUGAGCGCACACCAUCGCCGUCCCUUGGCCCUGGAUACCUUCGUCAUGAGAUCGAGGGUAUUGGUGGUGUUGUGAAGCGCAAACGUGUUCGCAUGGUGCGUGUUGGACAUUGUGUCCCUGAGUGGGAUGAUGAGCGCACCAGCGGUAGUCGUAUCCUCGGCCGAGAGGUUAGAGGAGAACGUCGUUCGUGGUGCGGUUGGUGUAACCGUGUGAUUCCUGGUGAAAAGGAUCUCUUGAAUGAGCCACCGUCUUCCUCGUCUUCAAGUGCUGGAGGAAGCCGCCGCACAUCGACGUCGACUACUAGAUCGACUGAGAUGAAGUUGGAUUAA